UGUUGCCGUCUCAGUGAGCAAUUAGUUUCUUAGAGACAGUGAACCAAAACAAGACAAGUUUCACGAAUAAAAUCUCGGAAAAAGACGCAAAAAAGACCCAAAAUAGAGCAAAUAGUGAUGUGAGGACCAUUAGAAGACCCAGGAAAGGGAGAAAAUGGCGGCAGUUGAAGAUAUAAGUGGUGGAGGAGGGUUAAAUACUACUACUACCACUACUACGAUUACUACCACCACCACUACUACUACUACUACUACUACUAUUCCUACCAUAGUUAAUGGGACUAAUGGGUCCACCACACCUCUGCCACACCCAGAUGAAGGGGAUGAAGAGGAGUUUUGUAAAUAUAUUCUGUACCUGGAUAUUGCGGACUCAAGGGUUGGUGUGUGGGACCUGCUGCUGCUCCUCCCCACUCUGCUGUUCCUCAUUGGGUUAUUGGUGAAGAUCAACAGUGCUCGUCUCAAGCUCAGAGCCGUCCACAGCCCCAUAUAUGCCACCUUCUAUGGCCUGAUCUGGCUGAACACUCUGGUAUCGUUGGCGCGGUGCAUUGUGUCGAUGACAGUGAGUGCCACCACACACAGCGGGGACGUGGCCAACAAGCUCCUGUAUGUGGUGGUGUGCUUCUUCCUCCUCACCACAGAAAUGAGUGUGGUCAUCUUCGCUAUCUUCUUUGGGCAUCUGGACAACCACACCAGCAUUCGUCGCGUCCUGGUGGUGACGUCGAUGAUAGCACUUCCAUACGCCACAGUCCAGGGCGCGCUAGAGAUUCUGGAGCCCGACCCAGAUUUCUUUGUGUCCGCCAAAAAUUAUGAUCUCUUCGGCCAUGGGGGGUCACUCUUCUGGCUGGCGUCCUCGGUGGUGUUUACUCUGAUCUACUCGUUCAUCCUGGUGUUAAGGCUGGACUGUUUGCGGAAACGGUUUCUCUUUCUUCUGUGGAUGCCUAUGAAGAGAGCGUUCUACAUCUACCUGUCGUUCCUGGCUUGCCUGAACCUGGUGCAGAGUGUGGGGUGUCUGCUGCACCACUUCAACAUCUUCCCCGGCCUGUGUCUGGUCAACCUCACCACCUGGACCUACCUCUCACUCCUCACUCCUCUCAUCUACUACACAUUCAUCUCAGAGUUCUUUGGCAGGCAGAAGAGUCGAGAGCAGGUUGAGAACAUAGUCUUCUCGUACAAGUCAGAGGAUGAGGAUGACACAAGCUCCCUGCCUCUGCCUGGCCCAGAGUUCCCACAGCAGAACAUUUACCAGUGUAGCAGCGCCCCCUACAGCAGCCUGGGGGAGGAGGGAAUGGUGGUGGGGCUUGUCAACACCCGCGACCUGCACACCACCCCUGUCAACCCCCUGUACACCGCCUCCCUGCAAAGCCCCGACUCCAUAACUGGUUACUCCAUCAAUUCAGUGGACGACAUCACCAUCAAUGCAUACAACAAGUCACAGGCCCAGUGAUGGUGAUGUGGUGGUGAUGUGGUGUUGUGGUGAUGUGGUGGUGUCCUGCAGUGGCUCCCAAGGUGAAUACGGUGGUGUGAGAUGAUUUUAUUUUAGUGUACCCUUGAUUUUUCUUGGUUUUCUGUGGUUAGAUUAGAAAAUGGGGGUUAUGAUAAGUUUUUUUUCAGUUUUCCCUUAUUUUCUUUAUUUUUUUUGUAGGUAGUCAUAGAAAAUGGGUUGAAUUAAUGGUUUUCAGGUUUUUUUUAAAGUUUCCCAUUAAAUUGCAUUAGUUAUUAUUAUUUUUAUUAUUUAUUUAUUUAUUUUUAUUUUUCCAUUAAUUUAUGUUCGUUUUUCUUGGGUUAAUUGUAGAAAAUAUUUAAAAUUGGUGAGGUUUUCAGAUUUCUUUUAGUCUCUCCUUAUUUUUUGGGUUUUCUUUGGUUACUCAUAGAAAAUUGGUUAAAUUGGCGAGGUUUUUAUUUUUCUUAUUCGUUGAUUUAUUUAUUGAGUAUUUUUGCACCUUAUUUUGUGUUGGUUCUCUUUGGUUGCUCGUAGAAAAUGGGCUUUACAUUGUUUGGUGAUAUCUUCUUUAGUCUGCUAUUAAUUAGUGAGUUUUCUGUGAGUGGUGAUAGAAAGUGGGAUUCCUCGGGUAUUAGAGGGAGGACUGGUGAAGCUUUUGGUGUUCAGCUAAUUGAUGGUGAAAAGAAAACGUGACUUUGAUUAGCGGAGUGAUUAGAAAACAGAUAAUUUCUCUAAAGGAUUACAGAAAAACUCUCAAAUUUUGUUCUCGACUGGAAAAAAGCGAUGAAAGAUUUUUUUGUAUCGAUUGUAAGAAAGUUUUGGUGUUCAGCGAAUUUAGGGUGAAAGAAAAUGUGACUUUGAUUAGCGGAGUGAUUAGAAAACGGAUAAUUUCUCUAAAGAAUUACAGAAAAACUCUCAAAUUUUGUUCUCGACUGGAAAUAAGCGAUGAAAGAUUUUUUUGUGUCGAUUGUAAGAAAGUUUUGGUGUUUUGGUGUUAGGGUGAAAGAAAAUGUGACUUUGAUUAGCGGAGUGAUUAGAAAAUGGGUAAUUUCUCUAAAGGAUUACAGAAAAACACUCAAAUUUUGUUCUCGACUGGAUAAAAGAAGCAACGAAAGAUUCUUGUGUCGAUUGUAAGAAAAAGUAUAAAAAGAAAACGGAUAAUUUCUCUUAAUGAUUACAGAAAAACACUCAAAUUUUGUUCUUGACUGGAUAAAAGAAGCGACGAAAGAUUUUUUUUGUAUCGAUUGUAAGAAAAAGCGUAAAAUUUAUUGAUUAGUGGAAGGUCUUGUUAGAUUUAUAGUAGUGACAUUUUGGGGUGAAUUAAAACACAAGCCAAGGACGCGAUGGUUUUUGAGUGAUAGAAAAGCAUAAGAAAAUUUCGAGUGUUGACGUUUUUUGUUGGUGGUAGAAAAGAGUAAUUUCUGAACAUUUAAAGACGAGAAUGAAUAAAUUUAAGAUGUUUUUUUGGAAGUGAAAGAAAAAAAAGGAUUAUUUUAUGGCUCAAAUUAAAAUGUUGGAUGUUUUUUUGGCGUAAGAAUGAAAAGAACCAAUUUUAAGAUGUUUUUUGAAAGUGAAAGAAAAAUGGAAGGUCUUGUUAUGUUUUAUAGUAGUGACAUUUUGGGGUGAAUUAAAACACAAGCCAAGGACGCGAUGGUUUUUGAGUGAUAGAAAAGCAUAAGGCUGAAUUUUGAGUGUUGACGUUUUUGUUGGUGGUACAAAAAAAGCCAUUUCUGAACAUUUAAAGACGAGAAUGAUGAAAAUUUAAGAUGUUUUUUUGGAAGCGAAAGAAAAAAAAGUGUUAUUUCAAGAUUCAAAUUAAAAUGUUGGAGUUUUUUUUUGCUUAAGAAAGAAAAGAACAAUAUUUAAGAUGCUUUUUUGCAACUGAGAGAAAAAAAACAUAUUUCAAGGUUCCAAAUAUUAAAGUGUUGAUAUUAUUGUUGAUGAAGGAAAGAACGAUGAAAUUUAAGAUGACGUUUUUUUGCAAGUGAAAGAAAAAAAAAAAAAAAACAAAGAAAAAGUAAACAUUAUUUUAAGAUUCAAAAUAAAGAGUUGAUGUUUUUUUUGCUUAAGAAAGAAAAGGACAAUUGAAUUUAAGAUAAUGCUUUUUUGUAAAUGAAAUUUCAGAAGAAGCAUGUAUCAGUUCAUGAAUCACAAAUUAAAGUGUUUAUAUUUGUUGUUUAUGAAAGAAAUGAACAAAUUUAAGAUAAUGUUUUUAAAAGCGAAAGAAAAAAAAAAGCUGAUUAUUUUAAGAUUCAAAUUUAAAGUGUUUAUAUUUUCUAUUUAUGAAAGAAAACGGUCAAAUUUAAGAUGUUUUUAAAAGCGAAAGAAAAAAAAAAAAAGAAAACGCAUCAUUUCAAGGUUCAAAUUAAAGUGUUUAUAUUUUUUGUUUAUGAAAGAAAAGAAAUUGAAUUAAGAUGACGUUUUUAAAAGUGAAAGAAAAAGUCACAUUGUUUUAUGAAUCACAAAUUAAAGUGUUCAUAUUUUCCAUUUAAGAAAGAAAAACAAAUUCACGAUCGUCUUUUAAAAGUGAAAGAAAAAAAAAUAAUAAUAGUCAUAAAAUCAACA